UCUAUCAUCGAUAGCUUCAUCAAAUGUACCUGCUGCUUCAUCUGUGAUUUUAUCUGCUUUGACCUUCUUACCUUCUUCACAUCUGUCAGUCACACAGUCCUCCUGUAGAAUACCAGUGACAUCACCACCUUUUGUACUUAAUUCGACGUUGGUCGUAAUGACGUCAUCAGUUACUCUCCUGUCGUCAUCGGUGAAACCCCAAACAGACUGUGGGAACGGUUGGCAUCGAUACAGAACUGGAUGUAUACGAUUUUUCACCCAAUCUAAGGAAAGAGUUAAGGCGAACUCUCACUGUAAGCUUUUCGAGACUUCUAAUGGUAAAAGAGGAUGCAUGAUUAAGAUCCCGUCUAUUGAAGACAAUGACAAAGUUGUUAGUCUUGCCCCUCAGAAUGGAAGAUACUACAUUGGUCUGACAGACCAGGAUCAGGAGGGUGUCUAUCGUUGGAAAGGAACCACAGAUGACGCUACUUAUUUCAACUGGCAGUUAGGCUAUCCUCAUGCGAUAAACAUUGAGGAAAAUAGAGACUGUACUGUCAUAUCAACCCAUCCCGAUAACAGCUAUGGGAAGUGGUCUACCGUGCCCUGCAGUAACAGCUGGUUCUAUAUAUGCGAGUGUGAAAGUGCGUGCUCUUAGCAGCAAGCAUCAUUCCAAUGGCCAUUUUAUGUUUCGUUCUAUAUUCUUUCCAAAUCACAUGCGUUGUAGGUGCGUUAGGGGAUUUAUCGACAUCGAAAAAGACGUUAACAGACUAAGCUCUUGUUAGAAUUUCUCUUUCUCUCCUACCUUUAAAUUUUCCUUUCUUCGUUUGUAUCUCUCCGCUUGAUUGAGCCGGUAAAUUAAGCUUUAAUGCUGUCAGUUACGCUGAUCGAAGUGUUGCAUUACGCCGUCAAACACAAGGGAAAAAAGGAAAACAAAAUGAAAUGGCAUAUUAUCCCCGUUAGAACGUAGUCAGAAUUAUGGCCACUGUUUUAGCGACAGCGUGUUGAUAAUGGUGGGUAUUCCAAUGCAAGGGGUUGGCUGUGUGCUAUGCCAUCAUAAACUAUCUCCAUUGGCCACACAAGUACGUUACUAUUUAAACAAUAGAGU